UGUCCACCUGGCAAAAAGACGGACGAUCCUCAAGGCCGUUGCUGUGUUUUUCCUUUUGAGUAUGGAGGAGUAACUUACCAAUCUUGUACCAACGGAUGGUGUUCCUUUGACGAAGUUUACGUGGGAAACUGGGCUAACUGCGGUAAGGAAUAAAAGUUAAAUUCAAUAAAGAAGUUUUUUGAACGAUUAUUGCCUUUAUUGACCGGCUGUAAGAAACACAAUAGCAUUCAACGCUAACCCUUCACAAUAUCGACAAUCUCCUUUCAGCAUUAUAAGACAGAUUGUUUUUCCAUAAUAUCUAAGCGACUGUUGAUAAAAACAGGUAACUUUUCCGAUUAUGCUGACAGGGAGAGUUAAACGAAAACUGGUUCAGAGUUAGCUUUCAAUCCUCUUUGCUACUAAAGAAGCUUGUGUUGACUCAAAAACAUUUAUGGAGUGGAUAUUGGUUACCCUCUUCCGUACAACAUGUAGGGGGGAAUAAAAAUGCCAAAUACUGUUUUGGGACAUUGAGGUUGUGAUUUGUUCAUGUGCCAAUUUUUCAAAAUAGUCUAUUGGAUGUUUUAGUUGAUAGUCAACGAAGUGUGUUUGGUUUCCCUCAGCGAGCCACAAAAUUUUCACUAGACACAAGUCAUUACCUUUGAUGUGUCAAUAGCACCUAAAUACCUUUGCAGAUUUCAUUUCCUGAGAUGAAUCCCUCCAUAUUUAGGGUAAUUUUCUGUGUGGAAAACAAAUCCACCUACCUCAACAAAUAAAUAACCGAGGCCGCCUAAUGCAAAGUUUUGUUAUGAACCCUAGUGAACCCGUGCACAAACAACCCUUGCCAAAAUGGGGGAGACUGCACAGUAACUGGAGAUGAUUCUUACAGCUGUAAAUGUGCCGACGGAUAUUAUGGAGAAACGUGUGAAAAAGGUACAGGCACAAUAAAUAUGAUCAUUUUAGAUAUUUCUUGAACAUAGAGGCGACUAAUUUACCAAUCAUAACGGACUUCUACUCUGCCAAUAUAAUGUUUCGUUUCCUCAGUGAGCCCCUGUAAAUCACAUCCAUGUAAAAAUGGUGGAACAUGCACAAUGACGGGUCUUGAUUCAUUCUCAUGCAAAUGCACUGAUGACUUUGAAGGAGACACCUGCGAAAAGCGUAAGUAAACUUUUAACAGUACAUCAGUUAUAUUCAACGAGUGCUUUUGUGCUUGUGUAGAUUUAUUUCGUAAAGAACGUAACACAAUUAUUGUGAUUCUUCUACAGGGCUCCCUUGUCCACCUGGCAAAAAGACGGACGAUCCUCAAGGCCGUUGCUGUGUUUUUCCUUUUGAGUAUGGAGGAGUAACUUACCAAUCUUGUACAAACGGAUGGUGUUCAUUUGACGAAGUUUACGUGGGAAACUGGGCUAACUGCGGUAAGGAAUAAAUGUUACAAAUUUAGCAAUAUUAAAUUCAAUAAAGAAGUUUUUUGAAACGAUUAUUACCUUUAUUGACCAGCUAUAAGAAACAAAAUAGCAUUCAACGCUAACCCUUCACAAUAUCGACAAUCUCCUUUCAGGAUUAUAAGACAGUUUGUUUUUCCAUAAAAUCUAAGCGACUGUUGAUAAAAACAGGUAACUUUUCCGAUUAUGCUGACAGGGAGAGUUAAACUGAAACUGGUUCAGAGUUAGCUUUCAAUCCUCUCUGCUACUUAACAAGGUUGUGUUGACUCAAAAACAUUUAUGGAGUGGAUAUUGGUUACCCUAUUCCGUACAACAUGUAAGGGGGAGUAAAAAUGCUAAAUACUGUUUUGAGAGCUUGAGGUUAUGAUUUGUUCAUGUGCCAAUUUUUCAAAAUAGUCUAUUGGAUGUUUUAGUUGAUAGUCAACGAAGUGUGUUUGGUUUCCCUCAGCGAGCCACAAAAUUUUCACUAGACACAAGUCAUUACCUUUAAUGUGUCAAUAGCACCUAAAUACCUUUGGAGAUUUCAUUUCCUGAGAUGAAUCCCUCCAUAUCUAAGGUAAUUUUCUGUGUAGAAAACAAAUCCACCUACCUCAACAAAUAAAUAACCGAGGCCGCCUAAUGCAAAGCUUUGUUAUGAACCCUAGUGAACCCGUGUACAAACAACCCUUGCCAAAAUGGGGGAGACUGAACAGUAACUGGAGAUGAUUCUUACAGCUGUAAAUGUGCCGACGGAUAUUAUGGAGAAUCUUGUGGAAAAGGUACAAGCAUGAUAAAUAUGAUCGUUUUAGACAUUUUUUUGCGCGUAGAGGCGACUAAUUUGCCAAUUAUAACGGACUACUACUCUGCCAAUCAUGAUGUUUCCUUUCCUCAGUGAGCCCCUGUAAAUCACAUCCAUGUAAAAAUGGUGGAACAUGCACAAUGACGGGUCUUGAUUCAUUCUCAUGCAAAUGCACUGAUGACUUUGAAGGAGACACCUGCGAUAAGCGUGAGUAAACUUUUAACAGUACAUUAGUUAUGAUCAACAAAUACUUUUGGGCAUGUGUAGAUUUAUUUCGUAAAGAACGUAACACAAUUAUUCUGAUUCUUCUACAGGGCUCCCUUGUCUACCUGGCAAAAAGACGGACGAUCCUCAAGGCCGUUGCUGUGUUUUUCCUUUUGAGUAUGGAGGAGUAACUUACCAAUCUUGUACCAACGGAUGGUGUUCAUUUGACGAAGUUUACGUGGGAAACUGGGCUAACUGCGGUAAGGAAUAAAUGUUACAAAUUUAGCAAUAUUAAAUUCAAUAAAGAAGUUUUUUGAAACGAUUAUUACCUUUAUUGACCAGCUAUAAGAAACAAAAUAGCAUUCAACGCUAACCCUUCACAAUAUCGACAAUCUCCUUUCAGGAUUAUAAGACAGUUUGUUUUUCCAUAAAAUCCAAGCAACUGUUAAUAAAAACAGGUAACUUUUCCGAUUAUGCUGACAGGGAGAGUUAAACGAAAACUGAUUUAGAGUUAGCUUUCAAUCCUCUUUGCUACUUAACAAGCUUGUGUUGACUCAAAAACAUUUAUGGAGUGGAUAUUGGUUACCCUCUUCAGUACAACAUGUAGGGGGGAGUAAAAUGCUAAAUACUGCUUUGAGAGCUUGAGGUUGUGAUUUGGUCAUGUGCCAAUUUUUCAAAAUAGUCUAUUGGAAUUUUUUGGUUGAUAAUCAACGAAGUGUGUUUGGUUUCCCUCAGAGAGCCACAAAAUUUUCACUAGACACAAGUCAUUACCUUUGAUGUGUCAAUAGCAACUAAAUACCUUUGCAGAUUUAAUUUCCUGAGAUGAAUCCCUCCAUAUCUAAGGUAAUUUUCUGUGUGGAAAACAAAUCCACCUACCUCAACAAAUAAAUAACCGAGGCCGCCUAAUGCAAAGUUUUGUUAUGAACCCUAGUGAACCCGUGCACAAAGAGCCCUUGCCAAAAUGGGGGAGACUGCACAGUAACUGGAGAUGAUUCUUACAGCUGUAACUGUGCUGACGGAUAUUAUGGAGAAUCUUGUGAAAAAGGUACAGGCACGAUAAAUAUGAUUAUUUUAGACAUUUCUUGAACAUAGAGGCGACUAAUUUGCCAAUUAUAACGGACUACUACUCUGCCAAUCAUAAUGUUUCAUUUCCUCAGUGAGCCCCUGUAAAUCACAUCCAUGUAAAAAUGGUGGAACAUGCAUAAUGACGGGUCUUGAUUCAUUCUCAUGCAAAUGCACUGAUGACUUUGAAGGAGACACCUGCGAAAAGCGUGAGUAAACUUUUAACAGUACAUUAGUUAUGAUCAACAAAUACUUUUGGGCAUGUGUAGAUUUAUUUCGUAAAGAACGUAACACAAUUAUUCUGAUUCUUCCACAGGACUCCCUUGUCUACCUGGCAAAAAGACGGACGAUCCUCAAGGCCGUUGCUGUGUUUUUCCUUUUGAGUAUGGAGGAGUAACUUACCAAUCUUGUACCAACGGAUGGUGUUCAUUUGACGAAGUUUACGUGGGAAACUGGGCUAACUGCGGUAAGGAAUAAAAGUUACAAGUUUAGCAAUAUUAAAUUCAAUAAAGAAGUUUUUUGAAACGAUUAUUACCCUUAUUGACCGGCUGUAAGAAACAAAAUAGCAUUCAACGCUAACCCUUCACAAUAUCGACAAUCUCCUUUCAGCAUUAUAAGACAGUUUGUUUUUCCAUAAUAUCUAAGCGACUGUUGAUAAAAACAGGCAACUUUUCCGAUUAUGCUGACAGGGAGAGUUAAACGAAAACUGGUUCAGAGUUAGCUUUCAAUCCUCUCUGCUACUUAACAAGGUUGUGUUGACUCAAAAACGUUUAUGGAGUUGAUAUGGGUUACCCUCUUCCGUGCAACAUGUAGGAGGGAGAAAAAAGCUAGUACUGUUUUGAGAGCUUGAGGUUGUGAUCUGUUCAUGUGUUCAUAGGAUUUGUUUCCUAAAAUAAAGCCCUCCGUAUUUAAGGUAAUUUUCUGUGUGGAAAACAAAUCCACCUACCUCAACAAAUAAAUAACCGAGGCCGCCUAAUGCAAAGUUUUGUUAUGAACCCUAGUGAACCCGUGCACAAAGAGCCCUUGCCAAAAUGGGGGAGACUGCACAGUAACUGGAGAUGAUUCUUACAGCUGUAAAUGUGCCGACGGAUAUUAUGGAGAAUCUUGUGAAAAAGGUAUAAGCAUGAUAAAUGUGAUCGUUUUAGACAUUUGUUGCACAUAGAGGCGACUAAUUUGCCAAUCAUAACGGACCACUACUCUGCCGAUAUUAUGUUUCGUUUCCUCAGUGAGCCCUUGUAAAUCACAUCCCUGUAAAAAUGGUGGAACAUGCACAAUGACGGGUUUUGAUUCAUUCUGGUGCAAAUGCACUGAUGAUUUUGAAGGAGACACCUGCGAAAAGCGUGAGUAAACUUUUAACAGUACAUCAGAUCUGUUCAACGAAUGCUUUUGUGCAUGUGUAGAUUUGUUUCGUAAAGAACGUAACACAAUUAUUCUAAUUUUUCUACAGGGCUCCCUUGUCUACCUGGCAAAAAGACGGACGAUCCUCAAGGCCGUUGCUGUGUUUUUCCUUUUGAGUAUGGAGGAGUAACUUACCAAUCUUGUACCAACGGAUGGUGUUCAUUUGACGAAGUUUACGUGGGAAACUGGGCUAACUGCGGUAAGGAAUAAAAGUUACAAGUUUAGCAAUAUUAAAUUCAAUAAAGAAGUUUUUUAAAACAAUUAUUACCCUUAUUGACCGGCUGUAAGAAACAAAAUAGCAUUCAACGCUAAUCUUUCACAACAUUGACUGUCUUUUCUCAGCUUUUUAAGAUAGUUUGUUUUUCCAUAAAAUCUAAGCGACUGUUGAUAAAACAGGCAACUUUUCCGAUUAUGCUGACAGGGAGGGUUAAACGAAAACUGGUUCAGGGCUAGCUUUCAAUCCUCUCUGCUACUUAACAAGGUUGUGUUGACUCAAAAACGUUUAUGGAGUUGAUAUUGGUUACCCUCUUCCUUACAACAUGUAGGAGGAAGAAAAAUGCUAAAUACUGUUUUGAGAGCUUGAGGUUGCGAUUUGUUCAUGUGGCAAUUUUUCAAAAUACUCUACUGGAAGUUUUAGUUGAUAGUCAACGAAGUGUGUUUGGUUUCCCUCAGCGAGCCACAAAAUUUUCACUAGACACAAAUCACUACCUUUGAUGUGUCAAUAGCACUUAAAUACCUUUGCAUAUUUCAUUUCCUGAGAUAAAGCCCUCCAUGUUUAAGGUAAUUUUCUGUGUGGAAAACAAAUCCACCUACCUCAACAAAUAAAUAACCGAGGCCGCCUAAUGCAAAGUUUUGUUAUGAACCCUAGUGAACCCGUGCACAAAGAGCCCUUGCCAAAAUGGGGGAGACUGCACAGUAACUGGAGAUGAUUCUUACAGCUGUAAAUGUGCCGACGGAUAUUAUGGAGAAACUUGUGAAAAAGGUAUAAGCAUGAUAAAUGUGAUCGUUUUAGACAUUUGUUGCACAUAAAGGCGACUAAUUUGCCAAUCAUAACGGACUUCUACUCUGCCAAUAAUAAUGUUUCAUUUCCUCAGUGAGUCCUUGUAAAUCACAUCCCUGUAAAAAUGGUGGAACAUGCACAAUGACGAGUCUUGAUUCAUUCUCAUGCAAAUGCACUGAUGACUUUGAAGGAGACACCUGCGAAAAGCGUGAGUAAACUUUUAACAGUACAUCAGUUAUAUUCAACGAGUGCUUUUUUGCAUGUGUAGAUUGAUUUCGUAAAGAACAUAACACAAUUACUGUGAUUCUUCUACAGGGCUCCCUUGUCUACCUGGCAAAAAGACGGACGAUCCUCAAGGCCGGUGCUGUGUUUUUCCUUUUGAGUAUGGAGGAGUAACUUACCAAUCUUGUACCAACGGAUGGUGUUCCUUUGACGAAGUUUACGUGGGAAACUGGGCCAACUGCGGUAAGGAAUAAAAGUUAUAAAUUUAGAAAUAAUAAAUUCAAUAAAGAAGGUUUUUGAAGCGGUUAUUACCUUUAUGGACCGGCUGUAAGAAACAAAAUAGCAUUCAACGCUAACCCUUCACAAUAUCGACAAUCUCCUUUCAGCAUUAUAAGACAGUUUGUUUUUCUAUAAUAUCUAAGCGACUGUUGAUGAAAACAGGCAACAUUUCCCAUUAUGCUGACGGGGAGAGUUAAACGAAAACUGGUUCAGAGUUAGCUUUCAAUCCUCUCUGCUACUUAACAAGCUUGUGUUGACUCAAAAACUUUUAUGGAGUUGAUAUGGGUUACCCUUUUCCGUACAACAUGUAGGGGGGAGAAAAAUGCUAAAUACUGUUUUGAGAGCUUGAGGUUGUGAUUUGUUCAUGUGCCAGUUUUUCAAAAUAGUCUCUUGGAAAUUUUAGUUGAUAGUCAACGAAGUGUGUUUGGUUUCCCUCAGCGAGCCAUAAAAUUUUCACUAGACACUAAUCAUUACUUUUGAUGUGUCAAUAGCACUUAAACACCUUUGCAUGUUUCAUUUCCUGAGAUGAAGCCCUCCAUAUUUAAGGUACUUUUCUGUGUGGAAAAUCAAAGUCACCUACCUCAACAAAUAAAUAAGCCAUCCUACUAGUGUAGCCCCAGCUGCAUCCUCGACGAACGCAGUUGGUGUGACGGGCAUGAUCUUAUGGGAUACACUGUUCCGGUUAGGGAUAUGAAUUCACCUUUUGUCCCAGAGGGGCUUAAGUGCAACUUCCAUUUCAUAUUUUUGCUUAUGCUUUACUUGGUAAUGUAAUGUUUCCAAUGAUCUAUGACAAAGCGCAAAAGGUUCCCCUUUCUUCCACCAAUUCGAGUAAAUGACAGUAGUUGUCUAUCUUCCUGUCAACGGAAAAUGACCCUAAGCAAAAACUCUCUUGCGUUUUGCUACUCUUCCAAAUUCUAUUUGAGGAGUUUCUAUUAUUUAGUCUUUCACAGCUCAUUGUGAUGCUAUGAUUUGAUGGGUUAUUUUGUGAUCAUGGAUUAUUGUUGACAUUCUUUUGCAACAGUUGAUGAAUGUGAGUCAUCUCCUUGUAAGAAUGGAGCAAGUUGUAAGAUUACUCAAGAUGGUUACAGUUGUCAGCCAUGUCCUGCAGGAUGGGAUGGGAAAAACUGUGAUGAAGGUUUGAUGCGUCUUUGAAUUAACUAUCUUUUUGGUCUUGGGAAAUCACUUACGGCCAGCAGCUUAGUCCCCUUUCAAAGGAAAGUCUCCUCAAUUGUUUUUUUCUAAGAGAAUGAAUAAAAAUUUUGUUUGUCCAAACCUUUUCGGUUGCCUAUGGUGUCAGUGUUCCUCAGUAUGGUAUUUGCCUGUGUAGGUCCUGCGGACGAUCCUCGCGUUGUCUGGCAAGCUCAGUUUGAACUAGAGCAAUGCUACCAGUUCUUUUACUCGCUAAUCUAGGCUCUGAGGAUGAACUCUUUUUGUGGGUAGUCUGUACUGCCAUAUGCGCUAAAAGACACUCGACGUGCGAAAGCAACGUUGAUAUGCGCGUCGGAUUUCAACAGUAAAUGGUCUAGAGCCAUUGAAAGUUACCAUUACUUCCAACUUUUUCAUCCUUCCAACUUUUUCAUCCUUCCAACUAAUUGGUGAAACAACGUUCUCAUUUUAAAUGUCUUCAAAUCACUUCAAAUCUAUACGCUUUCUGGGCGAAGCCAAUCAACUUUUAUAGUCAUUACAAUUAACGACGUCUGAGUUAGCCCUCUCAUGGAACAAAUAAAGGGUUUCGAAGAGGAAACUAAAGAUUCUCUGUGUUUUGUCUUUAAGUUUAUGUCGCUGUCUCAUCAAAUUUGAGCGUAAAUAUAAAGCACAGAGUUUAUAUUUACGAUUAAUACAUAAAAAAUUGCUACCCACACGACACUAAAUAACCUUCAAAAAGUAGCUUUUAUUAAAGCAGACAGGAUUCCGACAAAUUCUUCACUUACUUUAACAACUGUUAAAUUCAUUUGGAAUCCCUCGGCUGAUAACCUCAGUUGCAUUUUCGCCACAGAUCAAACCCUCUUGUGACCAUACCUCGUUUCAUCCAGUUUGCCUUCAAAGUAGGAUUCGGAGUAUUUCCAUAAGAAUCAAGGAUUCACCAAGAUUAGUUUUUUUUCAGUCCUUUAUGUUUCUGCCGAGACCUAAGGUUGAAAUUUUGAACAAUUUAUAGUCAAACAUGGACUAAAAAAGUCAGACUUCUCAAUGGACAGAUGCUUUCAUCCAUCUGUUUGUUUGUUUUUUCCACCAGACUCGGACUCAAGUUUUUCCACAAGAAUUGAGGGUUCACCAAGAUUUUUUUUCAGUCCUUUAUGUUCCUACUGAGACCUUUGGUGGAAAUUUUGAACAGUGUUUAGUCAAACAUAGACUACAAAAGUCAGACUUAUCACUUGACAGAUGUUUUAAUCCAUAUGUUUGUUUUUUUUCCACCAAAUUCGAACUCAACAUUUUGGCCCAUUGGCUUCUUCCAAAUUCGUUUGUUGCAGUCACGUGGAAAUCUGAAGGAUGUUUCAAAGAGCACAAGAGGAAAGCGAAAAUGGUUAUCGGACGUAAAAUCGCUACCAUCCAUGGAAAGAAACUAAGCAUUCAAGACGUAUUUGAUAAGUGCAAAAUUGCAGCGGAAAAGAAAGGUUUCAAGAUUUUUGGUAUUCGAGUGAGUGAAAAAGAUUUGUUUAACUUAGUCUAACAUUCAUAAGACUAUUUAAUUAUUUUCCAUGAGCAAGUGUGUGGGAUAUCUGACUCAGUCGAACGAAACACUCGGUUGUAUAAACAUAACUAAAGUUGCAGUACACCCCUUUGGGCUUGGUUUGUAGUGAUCGUUUUAAAAACGUUGCAAAUGGGAUUUUCAUUAGGUAACUCACAAGGUAGACUGUAAUCUUGAUUCCCGACCAUUUUUAAUCUUCUUCUCUAUUUGUUGUACAGAACAGGAACAGGUGUUUCACAACAAGUGAUGGAAAAGUGCAGGAGUUUAAAAAGUAUGGAGUAUCAUCCAAAUGCAAGAUAGAUGACAACGGUCUUGGUGUGGGAAUGAAACUCACCAACUUUGUCUACACCAGGUAA